AUGCCCAGGCUUAUGAGUAAAAAGGGACCCCUUCCUCCUGUUUUUCUUACCGACAAGAGCUUUCUGGCUUUCCUUCUUGCAAUGGGCAUCAUAGUGACCCUGGGUGAUGCAGCCUGCUUUGUUGCACCUCGAAAGCCAGGGUGGCCCUACAAAGGUUGUAUGCUGAAUGGCAAACUGUAUCCCUUUGGACACAUUGAGAGGACAGAAGAUUGCUACACAUGCAGCUGCCGUGAAGAUGGACUGCGGUGCUGUUCCCUCUUUUUUAAUCCUGGUUAUGACAAAGAGAAAUGCAAAGUCAUUUUCAACAGAAAGCGCUGUGACUAUGAUGUGGUACAGAAAGACGAUCCCUCCAAGGUGUGUUCUGCAUUUGGUCGUGUGGGCUAA